AUGGAGUGUUGGCUUGAUGUUGUUGAGCCGUAUGACAAGUUGAGUGAGUCCGUCGAUGAUUACUCUAUAACUGCGGGGUCAAAAGUUUGCGUGGUGACGGCGGGCGUGCGGCAGCGCGAGGGCGAGUCCCGGCUCGAUCUCGUGCAGCGUAACACCGACGUGCUUAAGAUCAUCAUUCCUCAGCUGGAGAAGUACAGCCCCGAGGCGGUGUUAAUAAUAGCGAGUAACCCGGUGGACAUUCUGACGUGGGUGACGUGGCGAGAGCACGAGAAACUGGGCAUUGCGCCCACCUCCUGCCACGGCUAGAUCAUUGGCGAGCACGGCGACAGCAGCGUGGCGGUGUGGUCGGGCGUGAACAUCGCUGGCGUGCGGCUGAGCGACCUGAACCCGCAGAUCGGCGGCGAGCAGGACCCGGAACAGUGGCGGCGCAUGCACCAGCUCGUCGUCGAGAGCGCCUACGAGAUCAUCAAGCUGAAGGGAUACACCUCCUGGGCCAUCGGCCUCUCCGUGUCCCAGCUCGUCGGCGCCGUCCUCUCCAACGCCAACAGCGUGCACCCCGUCUCCACAUACAUCAAGGGUCAGCACGACCACGUGCAGCAGGAGGUGUUCCUGUCGUUGCCGUGUGUGUUGGGACGUGGCGGAGUGGCGGACGUGGUGCGGCAACCUCUCACCGCGGAGGAGCGCGCGCGUCUUCACGCCUCCGCUAAACUAAUGCACGACGUGCAGGCCGGCAUACACUUCUAACUGAUAC